AUGUUACCGUCAACUGCUCCGACCGACCCGGCUCCGCAAGGUCAAGCGACAUCAACAGCUGCAGCAACAUGCGAGGCUACUAGCGACCAGCCCGUCGUAAAAACGGAAGCACCUUCUGCUGUGCCACCACCAGCCCCAACCACGGACGCUGCAACAGUGGCAGGAGAGUCCCCUGCCUCGUCCCCGUCUCCAGCUUCGACGACAACUCCCGCUAUGGUUGAAGAAGUGCCGCUCGCGAAAAUGAAAAAUGACCUACCUGCGGAGCACGCGGGAAGCUGCCAUAAGGAAAGCCACCAGGAUGAAGGACGACCUGUACUACCUGAACCUGCUGCCGCUCAACAGGUCGGACAAGACCAGCAUGCUGCAAAUGCACCAGCUUCAUCUGUAGAGCCGAAGAAGAUAUCCGUUGCGCCGGGCGUAUGGAUAAAGGAGCAGGCGAUCCCCACAAAGGCGAACCCGGAAUCGAAAAACUCCAUAAAGAAACGCCAGAAAGCCGAGGAAUAUGCGUCUAAGAAGAAGGAGUUGAAACGACAGAGAAAGGAGAAAGCCAAACAGAACAAGCAGGAAAGGAAGUUGCAGGGUCAGGAACAGCGUCCAAGAGGUAAUGAAAACGAUGGCGACGAGGAGAAUGAAAAUCAAAGCGUUUUCGAUCCGAAUAUCAGGCUCCCCGGACAGAAACCUCCAGACCAGCCUCUCCGGCCGGGGAAAAAGGAGAAGCGGGAAUUUUUGAAGCAGAAAGCGGAGAAGAACUGCCGGAUUUUGAUCGACUGCGACUGGGAAAAGUUGAUGACGGACAAGGAGGUGAAAUCUCUCGCUUCGCAACUGAUGUACAGCUUUUCGCGGAACAAAAUCGCGGAGGAGCCGUGCAACUUUCUGUUAUCGAAAUGCAGCGGUCUGGUGAAGGAGAAUUUGAACUGUAUCGUCGGGAGCGAAAACUGGCCGUGCUUCACGAGGUUCGAGGAAUGUCUGCUGGCGAAAAACUUUGGCGCAACAAAUCUUCCCUCCAGUGAGGAACCGGCUGCAACGAGUACCACCGCAGUAGUUUCCUCCACCGCUGCUACAGUUCCAGUUGAGACGAGUCCGGCAGCGAGCGGAAAUUAUAAAGAAGGUGAUGCAACUAACGAGAUGAAAGAGGAUGUCGUGAUGGCAGACGCGGAGGGCGAAGGUCAACAUCGGGAGGAAACAAGCGCGGUACAACCACUACCACCAGCUUUUAGUUCGUCGUCCACCAACACGACCUCCUCCUCCAAGCAGUGUCCGUUCCUAACCCGGGAAAAGACCGUCUACCUCACGGCGGACACGGACGAUGUUUUGACCGAAAUCGACCCGGACACCACGUAUAUCAUUGGCGGCGUUGUUGACCGAAACCGCCUGAAAAACGCGUCCAAGCAGAAGGCCGACCAUUUUAACAUCAGAACGCAGCGCCUGCCGAUUGCGGAGUAUAUUGAAAGUAACAUGGGGUCGUUUUCCAAAGUCCUGACGGUCAACCACGUCGUGGAGAUCCUCCUCGAGUUUCAGCGCACCAAGGACUGGACGGUGUCUUUAGAGGCGGUGUUACCGAAACGGAGAAAGGACCAGGGUGAACGAGAGGAGGAAGCGAGAAAAGCCGCGAAGGAACGGGAAGCCGAGGUUGCGGAGAAGGAGAACGAAGGGGAAAAACUGGAGAAGCAGGGCGGUGAAGAUGUUGCUAAUGCACCUCCUUCUGAACAACCUUUGAAAGCUGCAGUCCAAACUGGUGAUAUUGACACCAAGGUUGAUGGUGCUACCAGCAGCGCCAUUGCUGAAGCCAAAUAAAUGAAAUUAUCACGUGCGACAAGUCAACAACAUCUACUAACGCAUUAGCCUUCACGCUCUGGCUUUUUUAGGGUGAGUGAAAUGUUUUUUGGAACAACUGCGCGCUCGCACAGCUGCGCACGAUGUUGGC